UGUUCUUUGAGGAUCGACUUGAGGACCAUGGGCCUGCUAAAGAUCUUCUCGUCUAUCAGAGACCGAGUGGACAAGUUCCUGAAUGAGAAGAACGUGGUGACUGAUUUCCUGGGGACGUUGGAGGAGAAAACGGGAAUAAGGAAGAAGAUCCUUGCAGUGGGUGCCGUCUCACUGACCGGACUCUACUUAGUGUAUGGAUAUGGCGCCGCACUUCUCUGCAACCUGAUUGGUUUUGCCUAUCCAGCAUAUUAUUCAGUAAAAGCCAUCGAAAGUGCAAGCAAAGAGGACGACACAAAAUGGCUGACGUACUGGGUGGUAUAUGGUGUCUUCAGCCUCGGCGAGUUCUUCUCUGAUAUUUUCCUGUACUGGUUCCCUUUCUACUAUGCUUUUAAGUGUCUCUUCCUGUUGUGGUGCAUGGCUCCGAUUACGUGGAAUGGCUCCCAGGUCAUCUACAACAAAGUGGUGCGGCCCAUCUUCCUCCGCCAUGAGGCCGCGGUGGACAACUUGGUGAGCGACAUUGGCAGCAGGGCCAUGGGUGCCGCUGAGAACCUCACCAGGGAAGUCCUUUCCACGCUGAUAAGGAAUAAAGCUUUGGUGACUCCGGGGCUGUCAGACGCUCAGUCUGAAGCCAAAAGUUUACCUUCAUCUUCUUCAGCAACUAAGGUUGCUCCAUCAGAGUCAAGCGAAGAACAACCACUUUUCCUCGGUUAACCAGCAUGCCCUGCAGGUAGCAGCAGGGGAAGAGGAGGACCAUCCUUGAAGAAGAGUAGAGGAGCUACAUCCUCACAGACCCCACUGAGAAGAAUUUCCCGUGUCACAAGAGAGAGAGAUUUUCUUUCAUAUAUCAGAUCAGCCAUUUAUCUGUAUUUACUGAUGAAUAUUGCGAAGCACCUGAAACUGGCUCAUAACUCACAAACUCAUCAGCUCACGUUUUGCAGGCUGCAGAUUCUCUACCACAUGCAGUUGUGGCAUGAUUUGGGGAGAAAUUCUUCCCCUGCAAUACCUAUAAAUGAAGUUUCAACAGUUUAGGCCUGCAGGUGUAGACACAUCUGCAUUGAUAUGGUGUAUUUGCCACUAUUUGCAACCAUAGUUUACUUUUAUGGGGAGAUGGUGCACUUCAACAUCUGAAGGGGCUGCAGCUCUGCAAUCAGACGCUCUGGGCCUGUCUUCGGGUGCUUCGCAUCAGUGACACUGUGUGUCCUUUUUAGUUUUCAUCGGUGUUUAUAUUAUUUAUUUUUUGUUUUGUUUACACACAUAGAUGAAAAUCUUGAUUUGACAAUUUUUAUUAUAAUAAAUAUACAUGCUAAUCAGAAUAAAACUAAA